GUGUGCUCACGUGCUCGCCUGAUUUCCUAAACUAGUCUUUUUCUGUUGUGAAGGCAUCACAGGAGGAGCUCCGUGUUGCACUGAGGCAAGCAGAAGCAAAUGGGCUGAUUUUUCCUUCGAAACGGAAGAGGAAGCCGCCCGAAUGGCUCGCAGCGAGGCGUCCCUGCGGUCGGACCCGCACUUCGGCCUGGACUCCCGCUGGAGCUGGGUGACGGCGGCCUUCCUCAGCUGGCUGCUGUGCGGCGCCAUGAUGGCGCAGCAGUCGGCAGGCGUGCUCUUCUUCGGCAUCGUCGACACCUACGGCGUCAGCAGGGAGGAGGCGUCGUGGCCACUCGUGCUCAGCUCCAGCGUCGUUUGCCUCACAGGCCCCGUCGUUGGAUACCUCUGUCGGCGUUUCUCCUGUCAGCCGGUGCUGCUGUUCUUCUCUCUCGCUUCAGGCAUCUCAGUCUGCGUCUGCUACUUCGCAAACGGUGUCCCAUUCCUCACAGUCGUCCUGGGAUUUGUGCAUGGAGCCGCGGUGUCGGGCGUGUUCGUCGGCGUCCAGGUGCUGGUGUCGCAGCACUUCGAAAAGCGGCGCGCCACCGCGUGCAGCCUCAUGUUCACCGUGUGCGGCCUCAACAUGUUCUUCGCCGCGCCGCUGGUGGACCUGUUCCGCGUCACGUACGGCAUCAAGGGCGCCUUCCUGCUGCUCGGCGGGCUCAUCCUGAACGCCUGCCCCGCUGUCAUCGUGGUGCGAAACCCCACCUGGAUGCAGGUCAGGGACCCUCCUACCGUCGGCGAGAAGGACGAGACCUUCCCGAAGGACAAGACGUCGGCGGAAGCGCCCCUGCUGACUUUAUAUUCCGAAAGUCGGGAAUGCGCUUCCGGGGAGAAAAAAGCCGUCCCGGAAAGUAAAACCGAGCUGUCGCUACCCAAGGCGUCCGUGGGCUCUAAUUACGCGAGGAACCUCAGGAAUUUUUGCUCGAUCCUCCGCUACACGGCCUCCGGGAAAGAAGCGCAAGAGGGGGUCUUCCAGGACGUAACCGCCAACGCGAGACGGUUUGCGACGCUCCGAUUUGCGCUGGACGCGCUCUCCUUCUCCGUAAUAGUCUUCGGACUGGCGACGUUUUUCUUGUUGUACGUGGACAUAGCCACCGACAGAGGCGUCGUCCCAUCUCGAGCGGCGUUCCUCGUGUACGCCUUCGCUGCCGGCGACCUGGUCUGCAGGGCGCUGAGUGGCGUUGUCAUUGACUCGGGUGUCUUGACUCUGGACUCCGUGAUGCUCUUCGGGUACGUUCUUCAAGCCGCUGGCUUCGAGCUGUUCGUCUGGCUCAGGACUUUCCCCACGAUGCUGGUGUGCUCGGCGCUCAUAGGAAUCAGCAACGGAUUCCGGCAUUCGCUGCAAGCGCCGCUGCUUGUCAGGGACUUCGGAAUAGAACACCUGCCCGGAAUGAUGGGUGGACUGUCUUUCUGCAAUGGCCUGGUGCUCUUGUCGAGGCCGAUGCUGGUGGGUUACUACCGGGAUCAGCAGGGAUCCUACGACGGCCUCCUCCACAUCGCGGGUGCCGUGAACGCCGCUUUUUGCUUCCUGUGGGCGAUAAGAAUAUUUAGCGAACGGAGACGCCAGUGGUCCCAAUGCGGGCACUCCAAGCAGCGUCAAGAGGAGCUUGGCUUCUCUUGAGCGUCAUCGCAGAAGAAAGCGGUGGUUUAAACAGCUCACUUCGUCGAUUGUGUGCUUCCAGUCAAGAGGAGAAUCGACCUCGGCUGCUCGAGAUUGCGAGGCACGUAGUGGAGUGGCAGCAGAAGAGCAUGUGCACUCUUCUCCUCGUGACGGCUUCGAACGCGAGGUGCUCGGGGUAUCUGGAGACAAACACUGCAGGAAAGGGGUGGUGCGCGCCAGUGCAAGAGACUUGUCGCCUUGCGUCGGGCCGCUGACACCGGUAUUUGUGAGGUUGAGCCCCAAUCGUCGCCUUUUGGAACAGUGUAUAUAUGUAUUCCUAUAGCGCUAAUCACAGAAACUUGGGACAAAGACAGACGGAAAUCCAGAAACGUUUUUGUGCAUCUCGUCUUCUCUGCCUUUUGUUCCAAUUUUAUGCAUUUAGCACUAGAAAAGAUGUCAUAGCAACAAAGGCCGGUACUAAAGACUAGCGCAAUGCAUGUAUGGUUUGACUCACUAUGGUCAACGCAAAUAGGACACCUAGUAGGUGCACCUUGACUUGUUUUACUCGAGCGCUUCGUUAGUGCUCGUUUGAUACCUUGGUCACGUUUCAAUUGGCAUUAUUUUCUUAAAGACCCCGUAAGGCUGUUGCAUAAAAGAUGGGCAUGCUUCAUAAAGGUGGCACCUCUGUUUUGAAAUAGAGAGAACAAGCUGUUGCACCCCGAAAAAAUUGCGGUGACCACGUGAUGGCAGCGACUUGACGGCCUUUCGAUGCCCGGUAGAAAUCGAGGCUUCAAAUGCGCGCGUACGCCAACCGUGGGUUUAGCUACCUGAAGUUGGGGCUCACCAGCGCGUUGUGAUCGGCGUGGCAGAAGGACAAUGUGUUGUGGGCAAUUGAGCAAGGAAUAGAUGAACUCACAGAAGAGGGACAACGCGAGAAUGUGGCGACGACGGGAUGGGAGUGAUGAGGCAGAUUUUUUUUCCUGCAAUGAUAAACCAAGUGAAUGUGUCAUGGCGCUGAAUAUUUGAGCACUCUUUCGUGUGGAUAUUGUAUUCUUUCACUGUGCGCGAAUAUGCUUUUUCUCAGAAAUCUCAAGUUGCUUCAGGUAGAUGAAAAUAGAUUCUUUUUCAGGAAAACAAAAACAAGUUGCGAAUAACUUGCUCAGUACGGAUAGCUUAGAUAAAUGCAAGAGAAAUGACAGUUUGAGUUUUUACGCAUUACUUAUGGUUAUGGGUCUUUACGAACAUGAACGUGACAAUCCCGAAAAUGGAAACCAAAGCUCGCGAAAAGAAUGAAUCUUAUACUGUCGAAUCAGGCGAAAUAUCAGAAAAAAGUCGGAGGUAUGGGUAAGGUAAUUAAAAAUCGUUAGCGAAAACUCACCAACGUCCAUAAUAUUUCCAGGAUAUAAUUUUUCUUAUACGGGAUGUUUUUGCUGUUGAAUUUAGUAGUCCGGCACGUCUUGUGCAGUCAAAGAGGAAUGCGCCUAAAAGGGCUAGAAGAAUUAGGCAAAAAAAAAAUAGACUAGCGGAAAGCUGGUGGCAGAAAGGAAGGCUUUAAAUGAGCGUGUGUUCGAGUGGCUAUUGAAGUGGAAUUGAGUGACAGUGAUGUAGAUGAAAGAGUGUUUGAAGAAAGAAGAUAACUUAUAAUGAUCGGCAUGCUAGAGAUGGAAAACUUUGGGCGUCAGAUAUGUGAGCCCGCGUGAAAUCGCAACCAGGUUCGCAACAAAAAUCGCAAGAAAGUUCUAAAAUGAAAUAAAGAUGGUUCUUCUUGCACCAGCCGCAACUGAACCGGCACGUAACUCGGGAGCGAAACCGAAAAAAGAAUCAAUGAUAUAGUUUUUCGGUACAUGUGGCGCACUUCCUCUGGAGGUUUUAAGCCUUGCCUUGCCUGAACUUGUGGUUUAACAGUGUUACCUCAUUCGUAAAUUAACGCGGGCUUGGUAUCAUUUAACAUGUGCUGGUGCCGUUAUUGUGGUUGUCAGCGUGGCGUUCAGAAAAGAGCCAUCUUAGUAAUGAAAUAGUGAGCGUUUGACAUUGUCAGCCGUCAAAUAGCUCUGCGAUCCUGGGAGGCCAGCAUGAUCGCUGGAAUGAAGAAGCAUUUCAUAGCUAGGACGUUGGUUUUGGCAACACUACAGCACGUAAACGGUAGUAGAUGCGACAGAAAUCACGUAUUGCUUCUGAGGUGUUGUUCUACAACAUAACUUUUAUUUUGUCUUGCGACACGAAGAGCAACGCAUCUACCUAAUUAUUAUUUUUUUUCAGUCUUUCCGUGUAUCCCACGUGCACCGUCGAUUUUCGUAACAAACGAGUUUGGGCUAUUUUCCUGUAAUUAGUCAUAGGUAAUGCAGACGCACAUAAACCGUUGGAAACCGGCUCGAACCGUUACAUUUCUUUUCCUCGGGAAUUGAAUCGGAUAUGAACAGUUUUCGCCAAACCAAAGCGAGAGCCACAGAAAACGAAAAAAUAAAAAAAAACGCUUCGGUUUGACACUCUGACCAGGUCAUUGUUGUCUCUGUUUGCAUAGGCCCUUUCGCGGCUUACGGUAGAGGUUUCGGUGUGACCACUACUGCACUUAGAUUUCGUCUAGAGCAGAAAAUGCCAUUACUGACAAUGGCAAAUCUCGUUCGCGAUAAAUGUCCAAGAGGGAACAGACAACCCUGGAAUGUCGACCUAUCGCUGAUCGUCAGACUAAACUUCAGUCAAGGCCUUCUUGAGGUUUCUGCGUUCCAGUGACCUAUAUUAGAUUACACAUAGAUAUGCCCGGUGUGCCGCCAGCGCACACAAUGCACGUGCACACACACACAAAUGCACGCACGCACAGACGCAUGCACACGCACACCCUUGUUAUGCAGGACUACAGUCUUUCCUCGCUGUUCUUUCCAUCUUUCUAUCCCCCUUACCUUUAUACUGGUAUAAGGCAGCAAACGUGAACCUCUUUCGGCUAACCUCCCUGCGCUUCCCAUCUCAUUUUCUCCUCUCUCUCGCUAUCCAAGAAGUAAAUGAGCUCUGCAUGGGUGUUUCACACUGCAGCUAGGAAUGCUUUCCUUUCUUGCAGGUGCCGCUCCACCUUUCAAGUUCAGAAGCAUUUCUCCUAUCGUAGACAAAUCCUUAUGCCUAUUUGGUUCGUACAUAUCUUAGCCCCUCCUUUCCCUCCCUCAACAAUAGAGAAACGACAUAAACACUGAGAAAAAGAAAAACGUAUACUGAUGCCAUGACCUGUGGGAAUCCAUGUUACGCGAAGCAUUUUGCAGCUAGCUGGCUAUCAGCUUCGUUUGUGCUACCACAAAACAUCACAAGAUAGACCAAUGUGUUUGUGUAAGGCGAGCAAUCGUAUGUAUGACGCGAGCUUGUGUAAGACAGCAGGCGACUACGGCGACAAGGACGGUAGCACUGUAGUUCCGCACUAGUAGCUCCGUACUGCACUGGGUAUAUUGACGAUAUCACGUGACAAGAAGUCGGCUGAAAUUUUCAGGGCUAUUCUUACGAAAUGCCUUGUCUGCUCUCACCCUGCUGUUCGCCUAACGCCAAUGCAGCUGCCUUGGUCGUCGCGCCAAGAGUACGACCUGGACAAGUAUCUUGACUUAGCAGGGGGAGGGGGGCUGUUUGAGCGUGCUGAUGAUACGGGCGCAUACGCAAAGCUAUUCAGAAUAUUUCUACUCCACUUCCGCAAUCAGCCCUCCAUGAUUGGUCAAGAAAUUUUCGGGGCACAGCCACUUCGCCUCUCUCUUUCAUGCGACGUCAUGAAAACCACGAAAACGCCGCAUCUGAUAUGAUGUAUGCACAUUGAUUAUGCGUGAUUAGACCGGACGAAAGAAAAAAAUAUUUCUCGUUCGACUCCUUUUUCGACAUAAUACUUUGCCAUUGAUCAAACGUUUUCUGGCUGCGCCCACUGCGCAUAUCUGUCAAGCGACGUCACGAAACCUCGAACAAUCGUAGCGCCAAAGUGACGUGUACGUGUUAAAGACGAAUUAAUAUGCCGAACAAUACGGACUUCUUUUCUGAAUAACCGGAAGCUGCCCGGUUCCGAAAGGGAUAGAAGAUGGCUGCCCGUGGAUCGCUCAGGAACUCGCUACUCGGAGCGGCCGCAGAGCAUGGAUUCAUUUGCGUGUGAUAAACAUUUUUGCGUGGCAGUGUAACGUUAUCGAGUUCUAUCGGCACCUUUACGACGUUAAAAUUAAAUUAAAUUAUUGGGUUUUACGUGCCAAAACCACUUUCUGAUCAUGAGGCACGCCGUAGUGGAGGACUCCGGAAAUUUCUACCUCCUGGGGUUCUUUAACGUGCACCUAAAUCUAAGUGCACGGUUGUUUUCGCAUUUCGCCCCCAUCAAAAUGCGGCCGCCGUGGCCGGGAUUCGAUCCCGCGACCUUGUGCUCAGCAGCCUAACACCAUAGCCACUGAGGAACCACGGCGGGUACCUUUACGACGUCUGCCUGCCAACUCUUUGCUAAAGAUACGUUCUGGCGGCAUUGUUGACGUUCCGUUGCACACCGCAGCGAUUUUCGACGAAUCACCGCAAACUAAGGAAGGGGAAGCGGAUCAGUCAGUGACGCUGGUACCACUUUCUUCAUCCGCUUAUCUACUUUCUUUAUUUAUUCUUAUUCACUGCGAUAGCUCGGCCCCAUCGAAACUGGCUCCACUUGAGCGUGCUCUUUGCCUCGUGCUAGCCAGUUCGAUAAGGAAAUGUACGCAAUGUAGGCAAUGCUAUUCAUUUUGAAAGAAAAGAAGCGACCUCCUAGAAACGAGGAGCGGGUUUGAGUGGGCUUUUCAAACAAGGCUACGGGUUACCGGCCGAUGCUUGCGUCGGUGGUCACGCAAAUUUACGCCAGGAGAUUGGAAUAAAAACAGAUUGGAAUAGUUUUAGUUAUAGGGCUCACAGUGAGGGUCGUUGUUCUAUCUACGGCCUCGUUAACCUCGGUGCUUUACGCUCACCGUAAGUGUCGCGAACUCCAUGCUCCGGCGAAGCAACGUUACAACCUACUGCGUUGCGACCUGGGUGGAUCCAGAAAGCACUGCUAUCUAACAAAGCGUCGUAGAUGGCUUGCUACGACGAGAAAACAAUGGGAGGAACGGAAACGCUGUAUAACCGAAUUGUUGUUAUACGACGUGACUCGAGCUGAGACCGUGGCAAGAUUGACUGUUAUUGGCGCGUUUCAUUUCUGUGUCCGUGGCCCAAUAGAAAUAGGUUCGCGCGUCCAUGAUGUCGCUUGUGCUACGCUACGGGCCCCACUUGCCAAAUCAUCGAAGAAAGAAUAAAUAAAAGAAAACAGCUGCGAUGGCUUUGCGCUGCUAAGCAAGAGGUCGCGAGAUCGAUUCAUGGCCGCGUCGGCCCCAUUUCGAUGGGGGGCGAAACGCAGAAACCCAGAACCCUGGCUGGUCAAAGGUAAGCCUGUAUGCCUGCACUGCGGCGUGGCUUCUAUUCAUAUUGUGGUUUUAGCGCGCGAAAGCACGGACUGAAUUCAGUUUUGAUUCUGAAAGGCUUAGUUCGCGUUGGCGCGAGAUGAGUACGCGUGCGAUUGUUAACUAAUUGCUAGAGCACUGGACCCUUUGUGUUGGUAGACCGAGGUUUAGUGUCACCAACUCCUUUCAGCUAACCCUCCCGGACUUUCGUGACAGUGGUUGCGGCCUUCUUGCCUGAUGGGCGUCUGCCUCGCGUCGACUAGCACGUGCACUCGAGACCACGUUCGCCUGAAAGCAUGCGCGCAUGCGCACCGGUUGCCAUUAGGCUAUGAUCGGAAGUAUGAAAUGAAAAAAAAAAUGAUAUUCGUGCCCUACUUCUUUCAGCCUACCUCUGUCCUCGCCGUUCUUCUCGUGACAAACGUCACCUUUGUCCCCGUGACGUCACCCUCCGUCGAACUCUCGCAGUGCGCAUUGUGAUUGAGUGACCUUUUGCUCAUUCCUGUUCAUUUUUACUCGAGCUUCUUAUUUCGGCCUAUAUUGCGAGCUGUGCAGCGCACAAACAUUGCAGUGCAUUGACGUUGCAGCCGGUACGGUGCAUAAACAUAAACAUUUCACGACAUUACACGUUGCACAGAUGAAAAUAAAGACAACUGUGCGUAUCGCAUUUAGUUUUAUAGCAUUUACGCGACCGCUUCACGAAAUGAAUAUGUGCAUUGAAUAUGGAUAAUAUGUUUUUGUUUAAACUUAAGAUGUCCGAAACGAUGUGAAACAGGUGUGCUCCGCAUUAAA